AUGGUUCAACAUCUUCACGCGUUCCUCUACACCAUCGCUGUCAUACUGCAAUCGUCCGGGGUUGACGGUCGUCUUCGUUCGCUGUGCUUUAAAGCGUGGACAAUACAACUGACAGCCCAUGAGCAGGAGCUCCUUAUUCUCACUUGUAACAUCCUUGGCACCGUCGGCGGAGUGCUGUCAGAGCCGUCUAUCUCUGAGAACUGGAUAACCGAGUCUGCUGAUCCGUCUCAUAAUGUCCAGCAAGGCAGCGGAAAUGUUGACGUUAAGGAAAUGCGUGAUGUGACGAGUCAUGCCCGAAUAGAGGCCAGUUCACGGCAAGCGAUGGUCGUUUGUCUGACCGAUGGAAGUCCAGAGACUUUUUGGGAAAGCGGAGAUGAGGACAAAAGCCGAUCUCGCACGUUGAAUGUGACGUUCGACGGUUGCUCACCUAUACUUCUUUGUCUGUUCAUCGACAAUGCGCGGGAUGAGGCUUGUCGCACCUCGCAAAUCACCUUUCGCGCUGCAACAUCUGACGGGUCGCGACGUGAUCUUAUGCUGAAAAAUCUAGAUCAGAAUUUCUGCGGUUGGGUGAAAUGCUGUGUAGCCAAUGUGUCACAUGUGAACGUGUCUUUGAAAGGACCUCAUAACGCUUCCAGAGUGCGGCAGUUGCAACUGCUUGGUUUCUUCACGGACAGCCACGCGGAGGUCAUACGGCCAUCGGCUUCUCAUCAGCUUUUCUUCAACAACACUCAGCACGAUGCUUUUACUCUAUUCCAAGCAAUCUCUGCUCAGGCGUUUUCGGGUGAUAAUUGCGAGCAACAGGACGCACUUCGUGAGCGUGUUGUCGACCUGCUUUUCAGUCGUGUCACACUGCAACCGCUCCAGAAUUACGUCUGCACGCAAGUGGAGGCAGCAUUGGAAAGGGAAGUGGAGCGGUUGUGCAGUCAGGGAAAACGAAACUAUUCCUACGCUGUUGGUUUGCUGGCAAUGGCAAAUCGCAUGUGCGAAACUCGCGCGAUAGGGACUGGUGACUGCGACAUCUCCGCGAGACGCCAAGUGCUUCUAGCGGCUAGUCGACUGUUGGCAUUUGCUCCAGAAGCUGUACAAACGCAGUGCUUGUCGUCGUUGUGCAGUCUUCUCCCCACAACACAUCCAUCUACGGUUGACGUCUCCCGCCUCCUGAAGCAUCUGCUGGUGCCGGUGGCGAAAGCGGUGGUUCUUCAAGUCAGAGAUAAAGCGGCGCAUACGGUCACCACGGCAACUAUGAAUACCUGCCUAAUCAACGCACCUCAAAGCUGGCGUACUGAUCGGACUGUCUCGCCUGAAAUCGGCAAAAUGACGGCACAAUUCAUUAAUGACGUUUGCUCUGGCAAUUUCAACGAAGACUGGUCGGUGUGUAUGCGGCGAGAAUUGGCGACAGCGCUUUUGGGUGUCGUCCAACUGACGACGUCGCUUUCAAAAUCAACUUCUCGUGAAAGUAUGAACAAGGAGCCUAUUCUGGCUGUCUGUGGCAGCGCUGGCGCUCGUACGAGAGAUCGUUCUUGGUUGGCGCUGAGUGAAAAGUGGAAUGACUUUCGAACACCAAGUCAAGAACCAGUCACGCUCUGUGAGAAUCACGACGAUGGUACUACUCCAGCU